AUUCAAAACACAACUGAAAACACAAAACAAAAACUUUUUUCCAGACUUUUAAUUAGCUUUUAAUCAAAAAAACUUUUAAUUUAAUUACAAAUACGUAUGGAUUCGGACACUGAGGACGAGGAGGACACGUGGGAGGAGGCCAGGGAUGUGGUCGACGAGCCCCCGGUGGACAGGGAGGCGGAUGAGCCCCCGGAGGACGACGAUAUGACGGACAUCGAGGAGGUGGACGACCCGGAUGUUGACAAUAAGCAGCAAAUACUGGACGACUGUCUGGAGGCGUUCGCCGCCGAAGACUAUAUUAUGGAACCGGGAAUCGUCACGUCGUUGGGCCGGUAUUUCCAAGCGGGCGGUAACCCGGAACAGGUGGUGGAGCUGUUGUCCACCAACUAUCACGCGAUCGCACAGACGGCUAACCUAUUGGCCGAGUGGCUCAUAAUGACAGAUCUGAAGAUAUCGGAAGUCCAGUCCCUCGUUGAGGACCACUUAAAGCAGUUGAUUAUCAAACACUUUGACCCCAAGAAAGCCGACUCUAUAUUCUCGGACGAGACUACCGGC